AUGAGUGAAGGUGCGGCCGCUGCCUCGCCACCUGGAGCCGCUUCGGCAGCCGCCGCCUCGGCCGAGGAGGGCACCGCGGCGGCUGCGGCGGCGGCAGCGGCGGGCGGGGGCCCGGACGGCGGCGGCGAAGGGGCGGCCGAGCCCCCCCGGGAGUUACGCUGUAGCGACUGCAUCGUGUGGAACCGGCAGCAGACGUGGCUGUGCGUGGUGCCUCUGUUCAUCGGCUUCAUCGGCCUGGGGCUCAGCCUCAUGCUCCUCAAAUGGAUCGUGGUGGGCUCCGUCAAGGAAUACGUGCCCACCGACCUGGUGGACUCCAAGGGGAUGGGCCAGGACCCCUUCUUCCUCUCCAAGCCCAGCUCCUUCCCCAAGGCUAUGGAGACCACCACCACGACCACUUCUACUGCGUCCCCCGCCACCCCCUCCGCCGGCGGCGCCGCCUCUUCCAGGACGCCCAACCGGAUUAGCACCCGCCUGACGACCAUCACGCGGGCGCCGACUCGCUUUCCCGGGCACCGGGUGCCCAUCCGGGCCAGCCCGCGCUCCACCACCGCACGGAACACUGCGGGCCCCCCGACGGUCCUGUCCACCACAGCCCCCUUCUUCAGUAGCAGCACGCCGGGCUCCCGACCCCCGGUGCCAGGAACCCCCAGUACCCAGGCAAUGCCCUCCUGGCCCACUGCGGCAUACGCUACCUCCUCCUACCUUCAUGAUUCUACUCCGUCCUGGACCCUGUCUCCCUUUCAGGAUGCUGCCACCACCCCUUCCUCCUCCUCGUCUUCCUCCCCCUCUACCACCACCACGCCAGAAACAAGCACCAGCCCCAAAUUUCAUACAACGACGUAUUCCACUGAGCGAUCUGAGCACUUCAAACCCUGCCGAGACAAGGACCUCGCAUACUGUCUCAAUGAUGGCGAGUGCUUUGUGAUCGAAACCCUGACGGGAUCCCAUAAACACUGUCGGUGCAAAGAAGGCUACCAAGGAGUCCGCUGUGAUCAAUUUCUGCCGAAAACUGAUUCCAUCUUAUCGGAUCCAACAGACCACUUGGGGAUUGAAUUCAUGGAGAGUGAAGAAGUGUAUCAAAGGCAGGUGCUGUCAAUUUCGUGUAUCAUCUUUGGAAUUGUCAUCGUGGGCAUGUUCUGUGCAGCAUUCUACUUCAAAAGCAAGAAACAAGCUAAACAAAUUCAAGAGCAGCUGAAAGAAACACAAAAUGGUAAAAACUAUAGCCUCAAAGCAUCCAGCACAAUGGCAAAGUCAGAGAACUUGGUGAAAAAUCAUGUCCAGCUGCAAAAUUAUUCAAAGGCGGAAAGGCAUCCUGUGACUGCAUUGGAGAAAAUGAUGGAGUCAAGUUUUGCUGGCCCCCAGUCAUUCCCAGAGGUCCCUUCUCCUGACAGAGGAAGCCAGUCUGUCAAACACCACAGGAGUCUCUCCUCUUGCUGCAGCCCAGGGCAAAGGAGUGGUAUGCUCCAUAGGAAUGCCUUCAGGAGAACACCCCCCUCGCCCAGAAGUAGGCUGGGUGGCAUCGUGGGACCAGCGUAUCAGCAACUUGAGGAAUCAAGGAUCCCAGACCAGGAUAUGAUACCUCGGCAAGGGUAUUCAUCCAGUGGUUUAAAAACCCAACAAAAUGCAUCCAUAAAUAUGCAACUGCCUUCAAGAGAGACAAAUUCCUAUUUUAAUAGCUUGGAUCAAAAGGACCUGAUGGGCUAUUCAUCCACACGGGCCAGUUCCGUGCCCAUCAUCCCUUCAGUGGGUCUAGAGGAAACCUGCAUGCAAAUGCCAGGGAUUUCUGAAGUCAAAAGCAUCAAAUGGUACAAAAACUCUGCUGAUAUUGUCAAUGUGAGUAUUCCAGUCAGCGAUUGUCUUAUAGCAGAACAACAAGAAGUGAAAAUAUUGCUAGAAACUGUCCAGGAGCAGAUCCGAAUUCUGACUGACGCCAGGCGGUCAGAGGACUAUGAACUGGCCAGCGUAGAAACCGAGGACAGUGCAAGUGAAAACACAGCCUUUCUCCCCCUGAGUCCCACGGCCAAAUCAGAACGCGAGGCACAGUUUGUCUUAAGAAAGGAAAUACAAAGAGACUCUGCAUUGACCAAGUGACUUAAGAUGGAGGAAUCUGUGCAUUCUGUGCUUUGCUCAACAGGAAAAGAGAGGAAAUUAAAUACAAAUUAUUUAUAUGCAUUAAUUUAAGAGCAUCUACUUAGAAGAAACCAAAUAGUCUAUCGCCCUCAUAUCAUACUGUUUUUUAACAAAAUAUUUUUUUAAAGGGAAAGAAACGUUUCAGGAGGGAUAAAGCUUACCACUAAAGCUUUUGGGUAGAAUUCUGAAUACCAUUUCAGUUAGUCCCAACGCCGGCCUCUUUUGGCUCUUAGUAGAUGUGGGUGAUUCAGACCCUCAGCCCCACCGCACCAGUGUCCUCAUAAAAAAGCACUGGCAGUUACCCGGUUUCAAAGAGACAAGCUGUAUCCUGAGGGUGGACAUGCCAGUGAGCGAGUGGCUCUUGCAUUUGGCUUGCUGGUCCCAACCCCUAAAUUUCUAUUCACUCGACAGCCUCCUCACAGGUUAUGUCAUGUCAACCAAUGUAGUGUUUUCUCUUUCAUUUCUGAAGAAUGACACAAAGACUCUGGAAGGGGGAGGACAGGAGAUAGAAGGAGUAAUCGGGGGCAGUCUUAGCUACUCUCAUGUGCCAGUUCCCUCUGAAAUUUGAAGGCAGAGAAUCUCAGAGGGAGGUGUGAAGGAAAUUAUUAUAGAAAAAGAGAUGAGAAAAAUCACAAUGUCGUGUCACUAAAACCAUGCGAAUAGAAGUGUUUUUCUUUGAGAUCGUGUAAGGGCUCCAAAGGAGCGUUUCUCAGUGUGUGUGUGCCUGUGUGUGUGCGCGUGUGUGUAUGAAUGUGUGCGUGUGUGCGCACAAACGGGCGUUGGUAUGGGCUUGCUCACUCGAGCACAGGUAUGCUGUAUGCACAUGUGUUCAUUGUGUGUAUGUGUGUGCAUGUGUGUGCAUAUUAAGCUUGCUAAAAUUUGUUCUGAAACAUCAGGGAAUUUAAUAUUCAGAAAAAAAAAUUUCCCUCUCAGAUCUGUUCACUUUAAAUUUAUCCAUUAAGUAUAAAGUUCAGUUAGUAAGUUCUUAGAUCAAGGUCACUUGCAUGGCGGGGUCCUAUAAAACUCUUGACAAUGUCAAGAUCAUUUUCUGGUGUGAAUACUUUUGAGAGGAACAACUAUUGGCUCAUUAAUGAUAUCAGUAUCACAAGGCAAGUUGAGGAUGUGUGUUUAUUUUGAAUCAUGCAUACUUAAAUGAUUUACACAAACCAGUUAUCAAAUUGACAGUUACCCUUUGCUUUCUCGUCAUCCUCAUUACUAUUUAUUUUGUAGCAAGUCUACUAUUUGUGGACCAAGACAUUGGCUUCUGUGGUUAAUAUGGAAAGAAUAAAUUGUUGAAAUCACAAAGCCCAGACUUUUCAGUUCACAGGAAGCCCCCAAAAGAACAGUAAAUUGUGUUGUAUGUUCAUUUGGAAUAAAGCAAUAUUUUUACCACUGCUAAGGUGAACUGAAACUUCUCCUGAAGAUUUGUCUGUUUUAUUUACCCUUAUUUUCGUGGGGCAUUCAAGGAAAUUAGUGUUCACAUAACCAGUCUUUUUCCAAUCAUUGGUGGUGUUGAGUUGUUAUGUUUACACUGUUUUAAAUAAAAAG